UUGUCUCUAUCAUUUUUGCAAUACUAUUAUUAUCAUAUAAUUUUGAUGAAGUAUAUACUUAUUUCAUAUAAUAUGCGGAUUUUAGCAUUAUGAUUUGAGAACUUUGCAAAAGUUUCCUGAAAAUAAUGGAGUUCCUGCACCAAAUACAUAUUACAUUAUUCAUCUACCGGAAGAUUCAAGCAGCACGUCAUUAAUACGAAGGACUUUGUACAGAGGGAAUGUAAUGGAGGUGAUGCCAGAAAAAAAGUUGUGCAAAGUCCAUCUGGUGGACGUUGGACACGAAACAGUCUGUCCGUUCGAUCGUUUAUACAGUCUCAAAAACCAGCCUUCAUACAUUUUGCAAGCGCCACAAGCAUCAUUUUUAUGCUUUUUGGAUUCAGAUAGCUGGAAACUUGCAGCAACAAAUGAAAAGCAGAAUCAGAAACUGAUAAUUAGUAGUGAGAUAGAUGGUAUAUAUACUGGAAAAUUUAAAACAAAAAGCAAACUUGGUAAUGCCGCUGAUGAAGGAUUUGCUGUUUUGCUGUCGAAGAUGGUGCACAUAAAAAGCACGAAUGUUCAGCAACUAAGUGGAAAGGAGUACAGUGAGCAAAUGGUAUUGGAAAAGCUACUGCAGGAAAAUUUACAGCUGCAGCAUGAGAAUGCUGUUGAGCGCAAGGAGAAGAUACAGGCUUUAGCGGAAAAGGCCAAAAUCCAGGCCGAGAAAGACCGUUUGCUGAGAGAAUAUCAAAUUCAACUCAUGCAAGAAAGAGAAAAAACCCGGCUUGCAUUAGCAGAACUUCAUAAAGUUAAUCUUCUGCAAACUGGAAAAUCUGCAACUAAUCUCUCUCGCCCAUUAAUGCCACAAACGGAACUGUUUUCUGGUACUAUGCAACCGGAAAUUACGAACAGAGUGAAGUUUGCAGCCCCAGUUAAAAUGCCAUUAACUACAUUAGCUGCAUCAAGGAGUGAUGUGACAAACACUUAUUCAGGCAUAUUUUGUUUAUUGUCAACUUUAUUUGAUUAG